GCGAUGUACCGCGGCCGCGUGGGUCCUCCCUGGGGGAUCACGGGCCGUCCCCAGGCGCGCGCUGUACGAACCACGCGCGGAGGCCCGGGAAAUGCGGGGACCCCGGAAAUGCGGGGACCCCCGUGAGCGCGCUGGGCCUGCAAAGGGCAAAUCCGGUGUGCGCAGCUCCUGCCCGCGGAGCCCACGCGCGUCCGUGGCACUCCUGGACCUGCGCUCCCAUAUGGCGGGGCCUGGCGACCAAGGGGCGGAGAGGUUACUGUCGGUCACUGCAGCGGUGGCCUAAGAGGGGACGCGAAGGGGGUCACUGGGCGGAGGGUAAGGUACUCUCCGAAGCUGUGCGCCAGAGUCCGAGCCACCUCCUUCCCACGUACUUCGCACCCACGGGUGGGCACCCACGCGCGGGCACCUGGCGGACACCCGCACGGCUGCACUGCGCCCAGCACACGCAGUCACACGACACAAACUCACACCCAUUUGCGCGUAACCGCAGCGUGCACUUAUGUUCCGUUUCCCCACGCAGAGUCCUCAGGCCCCUCUGAACAAACAUUACCGGAGGGACGGCUGAGGGUAGCAGCCGCAGGGGGUAGGUCACCCCUCUUGGAAACAUUCUCGCCUGGAGGGCACAGGGUCGGUUUGCUACCACGGGAAGGUGAAAUCCCAAAUGUUUGACUGAGUCCUUCAGAUAUUGUCCCCGACCGCAGGGAGCCCCCGCCGCCCUACAGGUGCGAGAAUGGCAGUAACUUUGGGGCCUUCGGACUCCUCAGGGAGAAGACUCUUAUUUUGAAGACCGGCCCCCACUCGCCACCCCCGUGAUUUGCACGCUGACCCAAUGGCUAGCCCUUGGCCGGCUCUCGGCUUGUUAUCAAUUACAUGUUGUUCCUACAGCCGCUGUGUCCCCGGGAGGAUAAACAGCAGGCCUGGCCGGCUAAGAGAGGGGGCGGAGUCCAGCGGCCAGCCGGGGACCGUGCCCAGAACAGGGUGCCCCCUCCCCCUGCACGCAGCCUGCGCCUCUGGCUACGCCACGUGCUGCUGUUUUUCAGGGACCGGCUUGAUCGCUGGCACUCAGGCUUUCAAGUUCUGGGACCAGGAAGUCCUGAAUCCCCUGGGCCUUCAGUACCUCAGUGUCCCUAGGGUUGCUCAGCACUGUUUUAAGAUCCUGCUAACUGGUUAGGGCCACUCCACUCCUGUAUUUACUCCUGGCUUCUGGAAUCAUUCAGCAAAGGCUAGGUCUGGUUUUUGACUCUAGAUCUAGCCCUAUAGUGAACAGUCAGGACCCCUUGUAUUCUGAUGGUGCAGCAAAGUAUACAAGACAGUUUUCACAGUGAUACCUGACUGUGGAAAAUAUAAUCCUGGUGGUUUGUCCAAGGUGGGAGUGACUUCUGAAUGCUAAGCUCCCAUCUGGAAUGCUAAGAGAGGCAGGACUUCCACAAAGGGGGACAUUGGAGCCAAAGCCAGGGCUCGGUCGGUAGGGUGAUCCAGGCCUGGAACAGUUAGAGGGGCAGUUUGGGGGUGGGCAGGACCCUAGAACUCUGAGUCCUGGAAGAAUCUGAAACAUUUUGGGGGAGGGGCUCCUUCCGAUGUAAUUCAAUUUCGUCAUCCUAUUUUCUCACCUGUUCUCCCUCCUGCCAUGUUUCAGUGGGAUCCCACGUGGCUGCCUUUGGAUUUAUGAUUCUCUGGCCUCAGCCCCCUGAGUACCGUGAUUACAGGCAUGAGUCGCUAUGCCCACCCAACACUGCUGCUCACUUUCAUAUCAGACCUCCGUUUCUAUCGUUUUUUUUUAAAAAUCGAUACCAUGAUCCCCUUUUGAAAGCGUGUGACCAAUCGACUGAUGGCUCAGUGUUGUAGUGAUCUUAGGUGGUCCUUUUCUGGGUCCUGGGACACCAUGUUCCCUGCAUUUGUGUGACCAUUCAGACAUUAGUAAGUGCUCAGAAGACAUGAGUUCACUGAGUGUGCAUAUACCCUGGGAGCCUGGUUGUACUGGCAGUACCCAGAUGUGUACACAGAGAAGUUAUGCCAUUUGCCUAAGGUCGCACAGCCGAUAGUUUUAGGGUGGCUGAGAUGGAUUUGGGAGAAUGGAGUGGAUGGGCUCUGCCCCGCUGCUUUGCCCUUCAUGUUCUCUGGUGCUUCACUCCUUCCCAGACCCUGCUUUGGUAAAGAGUGUAUAUUUUAGAACGCAUUCCCAGUUUUAAAUCCUAAGCUGAGUAUUCAAACUCAUAUUGCCGCUUGGCAAGAUUACCUUUGGGCUCAGAUCUUGCCUCUAUUCUCUACAGCAAGAGAGAAACUUAUGGAGCACAGAGUCCUAGAACAGUUGAGUAGCAGGAUGACUGGCCUUUCGGUGGCUGGUCAGUACCGGGUGCCUGGCUGUAGAGCGGACCUGAAGUCAGGUGGACAGGAUGCAGCCUGAGCAUCCUCCCCAUCAGUUUGAUAAUCACACAGGCAGCCAUGGUCACUGGGCGGGACAAAGGUCCGGAGAGGUGGCCCCAUCACAGCCAGAGACUGUUGACUCUUCUUGGACACUAGACCUAGUAUGGCCUUUGGCUUCAGAGGACGCAGCUUUCCCUUUUCCUUCCUAUCCCCACUCUCUGAGCCCCUCUUGGAUACCUGGUGUGGUGCUGAGUGUUGGGGACCCAGGAGAGUGUGCUGCCAAGAAGGGACACAGGCAUCUGCUGAGCCUUCCCAAGUCGUCACCACAGGCUCGGCCAGGCCAGCAUGGUGGACCACCUGCUUCCAGUGGACGAGACCUUCUCGUCACCGAAAUGCCCGGUGGGUUACCUAGGGGACAGGCUGGCCAGCAGGCAGCCAUACCACAUGUUGCCCUCACCCAUCUCUGAAGAUGACAGCGAUGUCUCCAGCCCCUGCUCUUGUGCCAGCCCCGACUCGCAAGCCUUCUGUUCCUGCUACAGUGCGGGUCCAGGCCCAGAGGCCCAGGGCAGCAUCUUGGAUUUCCUCCUGUCCCGGGCCACACUGGGCAGUGGUGGUAGCGGUGGAGGCGUUGGAGAUAGCAGUGGCCCUGUGACCUGGGGAUCGUGGAGGAGAGCCUCUGUGCCUGUGAAGGAGGAACAUUUCUGCUUCCCUGAAUUUCUGUCAGGGGACCCUGAUGACGUCUCCAGGCCCUUCCAGCCUACCCUGGAGGAGAUUGAAGAAUUCCUGGAAGAGAACAUGGAGGCCGAGGUCAAGGAGGCCCCAGAGAACGGCAGCAGGGACCUGGAGACGACCUGUAGCCAGCUCUCAGCUGGGUCACACCGGAGCCACCUCAACCCAGAGUCUGCUGGGAGAGAGCACUGUACCCCACCACCAGGUGGCACGAAUGGGGGUGGUGCCCAAGGUGCAGGUGAGGGACCAGCACAUGAUGGCCCCAUGCCGGUGCUACUGCAGAUCCAGCCUGUUGCUGUAAAGCAGGAGGCAAGUACAGGGCCAGCCUCCCCAGGGCAGGCCCCAGAGAGCGUCAAGGUCGCCCAGCUUCUAGUCAACAUCCAGGGGCAGACCUUUGCACUCCUGCCUCAAGUGGUACCAUCCUCCAACUUGAACCUGCCCUCAAAGUUUGUGCGAAUUGCGCCUGUGCCCAUUGCCGCCAAACCUAUUGGCUCAGGAUCCCUAGGGCCCGGCCCUGCUGGCCUCCUUGUGGGCCAGAAGUUCCCCAAGAACCCAGCAGCAGAACUUCUCAAAAUGCACAAAUGCACUUUCCCAGGCUGCAGCAAGAUGUACACCAAGAGCAGCCACCUCAAGGCCCACCUGCGCCGGCACACAGGCGAGAAGCCCUUUGCCUGCACCUGGCCGGGCUGCGGCUGGAGGUUUUCCCGCUCAGAUGAGUUGUCAAGGCACCGGCGAUCUCACUCGGGUGUGAAGCCGUACCAGUGUCCCGUGUGCGAGAAGAAAUUCGCUCGGAGUGACCACCUCUCCAAACAUAUCAAGGUGCAUCGCUUCCCACGAAGCAGCCGAGCAGUACGCGCCAUCAACUGAGCGCAGUGGCCGCCCUCCCCUCCCCCAGCUCCACGUUUUGUUUUUAAAUGCAAUAACUUAUUGCCUCUUUUCAGAAGGAUGUGACAAUAUUACCAGCCCCCUCCCCCUUCUGAAUCUUAGGAGGUAUGACCCAGAGCCACCAUGGCUGCCUUUCCGGGGAGGACCUAGAGCCCUAUGGUCCCUGGGGGCUGGUUCCCCGGUGGCCCAGGUGGCCCAGGCAGGCCUGUGCCCUUGUGCCUUUGUGCCUUCCUGCCAGCUGGAAGCAGUGUUUGGGGGCCCUUGCCCUCUUCCCACUGGGCUCCCUACCUGGGCCAAAGUCAACAUCAUUGCUGGGGAAGAAGUGUUUUGGCUGUGUCAAAAUAGUAGCUCCCAGAGGAAGCAAGCCAUGCUGGGAAAAAGGAAGUAGGUCAGAAAGCAUAGGGCUGCACUGUGGCGUGAGGACUGCCAUGUGCAAGGGGCGUUUGAGGGUCCAGGAGGAUGGCCACCCUCGCAUUAGGCCAUAACGCAUGUGCUUAAAUGCAAGACAAAUGGAGCCAUAGCCAGCCGUACCCAGCCUGGCUCACCCUCCUCCAGACACCAGACACCAGCCUCCUGGUUGUGGUGAGAGGAGAAAGGAACAGGUCUGGUGGAUGCCAAGCAACUAGCUAGUGCCUCCCAGUCUGACUUAGAUUUGCAUUCCUCAUCAGGUCUAGAAAUUAGUACCAAUUGAACUAGCUUGUUUUGACAGGUCUAUUUCACAUCCUAUGAAUGUAUGUAAAUAAACUGUACAUAGGUACGCAUCUACAUAAAAUAUCUUUUAAUAACACGUUGACAUUUGUGUAAAUUUGAAAUUUAAAAAAAUUCUAUAAAGUUGGUGUACAUAUGUUACAAUUAUGUAUAUUUUCUUUGGUCCUUCAUAAAAAAAUAUAUUUACUUUGCCAAUAAAAAGAGAAAGAAAAAAAAAAAAAAGAA